UCAGCUGUCAUCUCUGCCAAGAAGAGGAGAAACCGAAAGGGAAGAAAUUUUGUGCCCGUUUUCUAGCAGGCCAUCUAAGAGAAGGGGGAGGAAGGACAGAGUUCCACUGCCAUAUUACAGCGGAAGAUACAAAACCAAACACCCCCACCAGCCCAGAGCACCAGCUGCAACAACCAGGACAGAUGAUGCAUAAUCUCUAAUGAGAGACAUGGAUAGAAAUGUUAAAGAAGCCCUCCAUUAUGCCUUGCAAGAACUCUUUGAAAAUGAAUUCAAACAUUUUAAAUAUAUGCUACAUGAUACUAAGUGCAAUGGAAAAGGAAAAAUCAGCAGAAGCCAGCUGGAGAAUGCUGAUACGCUAGAUGUUGUAGAUCUUAUGUGGAAUGUCUUUGGUGAGGAUGAUGCACUUAGCAUAUGUAUACAAGUCCUUGAAAAAAUCAAUAUGAAGAAUAUUGCUGAAAAACUCAAAGUGGCAGCAAAGACAGCUUUAGGUCAAGAUCAAGUUCCUGAAACAUCAGCAAAUGAUGAAAGAAUGGCAUAUAAAGAUCACAUUAAAAACAAAUUUCAGACAGUGAAGGACCAGAAUUUUCUUCCUGGAGAAUACGUACAUCUGAAACAACGCUACGCAAAACUAAUAAUCAUAGAUUAUCACCGACCAGAAAAGGAACGAGAACAUGAAAUUAUGGCUUCUGGAGGGAUUCAUGCUCAGCUCAUGAGGAAGAGAGCCCGUUCUGCUAUUACCAUUGAGACACUAUUCAGGCCUGAUAAACAUGGGUUAAGACCUCAAAUUAUUGUGCUGCAAGGAGUAGCAGGAAUCGGUAAAACCAUGACAGCAAGAAAAAUCAUGUUGGAUUGGGCUUGUGGAGAGCUUUAUGAAGACAUGUUUGAUUAUGUUUUCUAUUUACAUUGUAGAGAAGUGAACCUCUUUACAGAAGAAAGUAGUAUCGUUGAAAUGAUUUUAAAACAAUGGGCCAGUAAGAACACAAUUAAAGAGAUACUGAAGAAUCCUGAGAAACUCCUGUUCAUAGUUGAUGGAUUUGAUGAAUUAAGGUUUUCUCUUGAUCAGCCAGAAGAUUGCCUGUGCACUGAUCCCUGGCAAAAGAAGCCAGUGGGAAUCCUGUUGAGUUGUUUAUUUCAGAAACAUGUCCUUCCUAAAUCAUAUUUGAUAAUCACAACAAGACCAACGGCUUUACAGAAACUGCAUUAUUUCUUGGAGUGUUCACGUUAUGCUGAAAUCCUAGGCUUUUCAGAGGGGGACAAGAGGGAAUACUUUCACAAAUUCUUUCAAGAUAAACAUGAAGCAGAAAAGGCUUUUGGACUUGUAAAACAAAAUGAGACACUCGUCACCAUGUGCUUUAUUCCCAUUGUGUGUUGGAUUGUGUGCACUGUCAUGAAACAGCAGAUGGAAAGAAAUGAAGACUUCACCCAAACAACAAACACACUCACUGCCGUCUAUAUGCUCUACCUUAACAGUUUGCUAAAGUCAGACAAAAGUCUUUCAAAGCAAUUUAAUGGUAACAAGUUGAAAAGUCUGUGUUCUUUGGCAAUUGAUGGAAUCUGGAAACAGGAAAUAUUAUUUGGGGAGGAAGAAAUCAAAGACCGUGGAUUAGAUCAAUAUGAUUCCCUCCCUCUCUUUAUGAGUGAGAAUAUUUUCAAAAGAGACAUUGACUGUGAAUGUGUCUACAGCUUCAUUCACUUAAGCUUUCAGGAGUUUUUUGCUGCUUUAUCUUAUGUAUUAGUGGAAGAACAGGCACAGAAUUCUGAGAAAUAUAAUCAAGAGUUAAGAACACUACUAGAAAGCUAUAUCACCUCUCGACAAGACUUAGCAUUAACAGUGCAAUUCCUUUUUGGUCUUUUAAAUGAAGAAAAAAGAAUGAAGGGCUUGUGUAAAAAGUUUACAUGGCAAAUUUCUCCUAAAAUUAAGCCAUUUGUAUUGAAGUGGGUAAAAACCCACACAACCACAAAAAUAACACAUCCUUGGAAUAAACAGUUAUUGUUUAGGUGUUUCUCUGAGAUGCAAGAUGAAAAUUUUAUAAGACAUAUAUUUGAUAAUGUGACUGAAAUGGAAUUAUUCUGGGGUAUUCAUAGCAAGAUGGAAGAGAGAGAUCUAGCAUAUUGUCUAGAGCACAUGUGUCAUUUGGAGGUCCUUACUCUUAAGAACCUUAAAUUUGUGCCAGAGAUUUUUCACCCAGAUAUGAAAAAAAGAGAAGAGGAAGAAGAGUUCAGAAAUUCACAACUACAUUUAGAUUAUGAUCUGCAUCAAGAUCAUGUGCCUGGUGAACAAAUCUGUAAAGCACUGAAGCGUCUAAAGAAUAAUUUAAGGAUACUGAGACUGAUUUACUGUGAUCUUACCACCAAUCAGUGGUGGGAUCUCUUAUCUGUUAUCUGCAUUUCCCCAACACUCUCUGAGCUGGACCUGGAAUGUAGUGAAUGGGGAGAUUCAAUAGUGCAGCUUCUAGCUGAUGCACUGAAACACCCGGACUGCAAGAUUCAGAAACUGGUACUGAAUUUCUUUGAGCUUACAUCUGCUUGUUGUGGGAAUCUCGCCUCUACUUUAAGCACCAAUCAAAGUUUGACAGAAUUGUUCCUGGAACAUAACACAAUAGGAGACUCGGGAAUUAGGCUCCUGUGUGCAGGACUAAGACAUCCAAAUUGCAAACUGAAGAAAAUAAGGUUGACUAACUGUAACAUCACAUCUUCUGGUUCUGGGGAUCUUUCUUCUGUCCUCAGUACAAAUCAGACACUGAAAGACCUAGGUUUAGAUGGCAAUAAAUUGGAAGAUUCUGGACUGAGACUGCUAUGUGAGGGCUUGAGGGAUCCACGCUGCAAAAUACAGAAGAUAAAGUUGGACGGAUGUCGUUUUACAUCUUCUGGUUGUGAGGCUCUCUCUUCUGCCCUCAGCACAAACCAGACACUGAAAGAGCUACAUUUAGGGGAAAAUGAACUGGAAGAUUCAGGAGUAAGAUUGUUAUGUGAUGGCCUAAAAAAUCCACACUGCAAAAUACAGAAAAUAAAGUUGUUCAGGUGCUGCCUGACAGCUGGAUGCUGUGAAGAUCUGUCUUCUGUUUUCACUACAAGCCAGACCCUUACAGAGUUAGAUGUGUCAAGUAAUAUGCUUGGAGACUCAGGAGUAAGAAUACUGUGUGAAGGGCUAAAACAUCCAAGCUGCAAGCUGGUGAAUUUGAGGUUACAGUCCUGUAAUCUGACAGCAGCAUGUUGUGGGGAUCUUUCCUGUAUGUUUCCUGCCAACCAGACCUUGAUAGACCUGGAUUUAUCAUACAAUUGCCUGAAAGAUUCUGGGAUCAUCUUAUUGUGUGAUGGGUUAAAACAUCCAGACUGCAGACUGCAGAGGCUCAAGUUGAUCUAUUGCUCUUUAACAGAAGCUUGUUGUAGAGAUCUUGGCCAAGUUCUCAGCAGAAACCAGUGGCUGAAAGAGUUAGAUCUGUCUACCAACCAAUUAAGAGAUAAUGGAAUGAAGCUGCUUUGUGAUGGUAUCAAACAUCCAAACUGUAAAGUAGAGACACUAGUGCUGGCUGAUUGUAGCCUGACAUCUGCAGUCUGCAAGGAUUUCUUCACUGCUGUGUCUACAAACCAAUCACUGACACAACUGGUUAUCAGAGAGUCAGAACAAAGAGCCUUUGUCCAGAAGCUACUCUAUGAUUUCUACAAAAUCAAAUUUAUUAUUUUUAAUAGUUUCAAUGGAAUGUAUUGGGGAGAUAUUGACAUGGAUGAAGAAUUCUGUAGAGAGAGAGAGUGCCCUACAGAUCCUUGGGAUAGUAUUUUCUGCGACUUGUGUCCCCAUGGAGAGAAUCUUGCAGAAAAAAUCAAGUCAGAAGUUGUUUGGGACCUGCAAAAGAGCAACCAAACCUACAGAUUGCACCUCCCUGAGGCUGGCUUCUUCCAAUGCUGUGACACUAACAUCAGGUUUGAAGUGAGAGCAGCUGUAACCAUACAAUACCAGCAUGAUUCAUGGUAUAAACACUGGAAUGAAAGGAAGACAAAGAGGUUGGUCAUUGCAGGCCCUUUGCUCAACAUUCAAGCAACUCCAACAGAGGCUGUGUUAGCAGUUCACUUCCCUCACUUGCUGUGUCUUGCAGGUAAACAGGAAGACAACCCCCAAGUACAAAUUGCACAUUUUGCUGAAGGGAAGGUGACUCUUGAGAAGCCAGAUGGCGUGGAGCCAUUUCAUGUUGUGUUGAAACACCUCAGGUUUUCUCCCUGUGGUGUAGUUUUCAAAAAGUCAUUCUUUAAACGGAAGACAAAGAUCCAUGCUGCAGCACUGCUCUACCAAGUGCAUGGAGUCUCACCCGUGAAAUUCCACCUAUACCUUCUCCCCAGAGAUUGCUUCCUGAUAAAGGCUAUCCACAUGCAUGAACUAACCUGUCUUUCACGAAGAGUUGAGGUACCCAAUAAAACUACCAAGCCUCUCACUAUUGGCUCUUGCUUUCUUGUGAGCAGGUCAGAGGAUGUCAAAGUCAGUCCCAAGGAGCUGAAGUUUAACUACCUGGAUGUAGAGGUGGAGCAACAAUAUUUUGAAGUGUGUGCUCAGUGUACAGAAGCUGAGCUGGAGCUCACCCUGGUGGAGAAGAUGAAGAAUGAAAUUGUCUGGAAAGUCUGUGUUAGGCCAGGCGAACUUUGAUUAGGGAAAGACCUCAUGUUUGAUCAAGAGAUUGAUAAGGCCGUCCAGCUACAUUUCUUCUCACUCCCUCUUCCCCUUUCUCCUGUAGAAGAAUUUAUGCAUACAAUGCAAGAUCA